UCAGGCGGCUUCUUCGGAGGAGCCGUUCUCGGAAACUACGGUGCCCGGCAUGCGCGCCGCUCGGAGCGGGAGGUGCCCUGCCCGCGUCUCUGCCCUCGCCCCGGUGCUUCCUGUUUUCGCUGGGCGAGGCGGUGCCGGCGCUGCAGGUCAAAAUAACUGUCUGAAUCUAGAAGAAGCAUUUUCUUCAAAUAUGGAAGAGGAUGCCAAACCUCUUUUGAUUCCUGUCGGAGGUGAUGAAAGCAAUUAUGGAAUCAUGAAUAUACAAUUUAAUCCAGAAGAUUUUAAAUGCAAAAGACCAUUCCAUGUAGAGCCUACAAACAUAGUUAGCAUGAAUGAUGACGUGCAAAGAGUCACUGAUGAAGCCUCAGCAAUGAAUAAGCGGAUUCAUUACUACAGCAGGCUCGCCUCUCCUGCAGACAGGGCAUUGAUUGCUCCUGAUCACGUACUUCCAGCUCCUGAUGAAAUCUAUGUGUACAGUCCAUUAGGAACUGCUUUUAAAAUUGACAGUUGCACAGAUGGCUAUGGUAAAAACUCCAGUAUAGUGACAAUAUUUAUGAUAUGGAAUACAAUGAUGGGUACAUCUAUAUUAAGUAUCCCAUGGGGAAUAAAACAGGCAGGCUUUACUUCUGGAAUCAUUCUCAUCUUACUGAUGGGCAUUUUGACACUUUAUUGCUGUUACAGAGUUGUGAAAUCACGGAAAAUGAUACCUUUAAUAGAUACCUCAAACUGGGAAUUCCCAGAUGUUUGCAAGUAUUACUUUGGAUCCUUUGGUCAGUGGUCAAGCCUCUUGUUUUCUAUGGUGUCACUUGUUGGAGCCAUGGUAGUUUACUGGGUGCUUAUGUCUAACUUUCUGUUCAACACAGGAAAGUUUAUAUACAACUUUGUUCAUGAUAUUAAUGUAACAGAAAUUGUUCCUGGCACUAAUGAAACUAACAAAGUCAUUUGUCCAGGCGCUGCUAGAGAUAACCCGCCACAGAACGGGAGUGUGACGUCCUUUUCUGGCAACAAUACAGGUUUUGAGCUCUUUGAGGAGUGGUGGGACAAGUCACGAACAGUACCAUUUUACCUGAUUGCUGUUCUUCUACCCCUGCUAAAUCUGAAGUCUCCAUCUUUCUUUGCAAAGUUUAACGUCCUAGGCACAGUUUCAGUUGUCUACUUAGUUUUUCUUGUCACUGUGAAGGCUGCUCACCUCGGAAUCCAUUUAGAAUACAACUGGUUUACAGAGAACGAAUUUUUUGUACCAGAGUUUAGAAUUCGGUUUCCUCAGCUCACAGGAGUUCUGACACUUGCCUUCUUCAUCCACAAUUGUAUCAUCACCCUUCUUCAGAAUAACAGGAAUCAAGAAAACAAUGUGAGAGACCUCUCUGUUGCUUAUUUCCUGGUGGGAUUAACAUAUCUGUAUGUUGGCGUGAUAAUUUUUGCAUCUUUUCCUUCCCCACCAUUAUCCAAAGAAUGUAUAGAACAGAAUUUUCUAGAUAAUUUUCCCAGUUACGACAUCAUGUCAUUUGUUGCAAGAAUAUUCCUGCUGUUCCAGAUGAUGACUGUAUACCCACUGUUGGGCUAUCUGGCACGAGUUCAGCUAUUAGGACAAGUUUUUGGAAAUGUUUACCCAAGUGUUUUCCAUGUGCUGGUCCUGAACAUAGCAAUUGUAGGAGCUGGAGUAGCAAUGGCAAGGUUUUAUCCAAAUAUAGGAGGUAUCAUAAGAUACUCUGGAGCAACAUGUGGUCUGGCCUUUGUAUUUGUGUAUCCAUCCCUCAUCUACGUGAUCUCCCUGCAUCGUGCUGGGCAGCUGACGUGGCCAGCAUUGAUCAUUCACAUCUUUAUAAUCCUCCUUGGACUGGCUAAUCUGGUUGCACAAUUCCUAUUGUGAAAACUCCCCCUUCUCUCUGUGGCUGUCACAAGUGGCACUGUGACAUUUGGCAACAGCCUUGAGCAACACUAUCACACACGAGAACUGAACAGUCCUCAACAUGAACUUCCUGAGAAAAGCUGCGCCUUUGAAACGAAUUCAGAUCACAUCUUUUAGGCAUUUGAAAGGAAACCUGCUUACUCCUCUAUAAACUUGAUUUUGUGAGAAGUGAAAUAGUUCAAAUUUGAGUGGGGUAGUUGCAUUGUUUUUGUUGAACAUACAUCAAGGAUUAAUUAAGCCCAAAUAUUUUAAUUUCCUACAGCCCACAUCUCAAAACACUCAGCUUUCAGCCUUAGGCUGCAGAACUCCUCUUUCUUCUAAAAGAAGUGUUCUUACCCUUUAUUAACAAACACACUAUCAGUAUUAUUCAGCGACUAUUUGAAAUGCUUUUUGUUGCAGUUGUUUUCCUGUUUUGUUUGGAAAAUGAAAAAAUGGUUGUAUAUAUUUUUUAGGUUAAUUUAUAGUCAUAUGGAUCAAAAUGCACUCUUAAUUUUGAAUAUGAUAUUAAUUUUUGGCAACAUUUUUCCUCUAGGAAAUUCCAAGUAAGAGAAACAAUAAAUUGAUGUCUCAGUGUUUUGUUCAGAACCAAAAUGUACACAAGUUAUUUGUGAGCUUACAAUGAAAAAAAAUCAGGAGGGUAAAAAAAAAUUUAAAACCAGACAGUAGCUCGAUUAAAAUUAGAAUUCCGGGCUUAACAUCACCUCAGCUCUGUUAACUGGGCUAUUUUGCACUGUGAGGUUGUCUUGCCAGGAGUUGAGUGUGCUUUUAUGGGUGUGUAUAUUGGAUGCAAUGUCCAUCAUAGGCUUUCUUCCUCCCCUGUACAGUCUUAAUCUAGUGAUCAGUGAUCUCUCACUGUGCUCUUCAACUACAUUAGUCUAAACAUUUUGGGCCUGAAGAGAGAGAGAGAGCAUAGACAAAGCUAGAACACUUGAAAAAUUGUGGACUAAAUCAAAUAAUUUAAGUUUUAGAUAAUAAGAUUAACAGAAGCUGGAGGAAUCUGGAAAAGGCUUUGUUUUUUUUAACUUCUUGUUUACUAACUAAGAGGGUGUACGUGUGUGUGUGUGUGCGCGCACGCACGUACUUUCCUUCACCUGCCGCCUGGGAGUCUGAGUCUUAACCCAGAAUGAUCAUUAAUUAGGUUGCCAGGUAGUAGUGGAAUCUCAUCUUUUAAGAUGAGAGGGAGAGCAAAAACUCUUCUGUACAGGUUUUCAGUCUAUUAAAAAUAGUCAGCAAAUGUAAAAUAAUUGAAAGAGGACUCUAAGCAACACUAAACUCCAGAAUGAGCAGAAGAGGAAAAAAGUUGGAGUGAUCCAAUGUUUGUGAAGUGGAAGUAGAUUUGGGAAAGCAAAUUAAAUGGCAGGGUAAGAAUUUUUGUUUUUAUCUAAAAGACAGCGAAAAGCAUAACCUAGACAAUUUACUAUGUUUCUCUGGGAAAUGACAUGAAUUUUUGUAGUAAUUUUGUAGACCUGUUUGUGUUUGAGUUAGGAUCCUCAAACUGUGCAGAUGCUGGCUUUCUUAAAUGUUGCUUGAUUUGUAUGAAAUACAAGAGCAAACAGAUCUGGAAUAAUAUCUGCAGAAUAGAAUAAUUAUUUCAGAUUCUCUUUUUUGUCUUGCGAUUUUAAAAUCAGAACUGGAGAAUACCCCCACCAUCUGUUCUGUGUUAGAGAUACACAUUUGCCCCCAUCCUUGUCAUUUUCCCUGUGUACUCUUAUCUUCCGCUGCUUGGUUUCCUUAUUCUCUAAGGCGUAUCUAUCCCCCCUUUUCACUGCCUCAGAAUGAGUGCAAUGCUGAACCGCUAGCACUGGCCUACACAUCAGCUCAGGGACUGGGUCUGACCUUUCCCAGAAAAUUUGAGUUAAGCUUCUUAUUUGAAUGUCUGGGUAGUCAUCACUGCACGCAACAUGAUGGCUUCAUUCCUUCAACAUUCUCAAUAGUGUAUUUCAUAAAUUACCACCUCUGUAUUUUGUUUUUCUUUUCCAAAAACCUUCCCUGUUCUGAGAAAUUUGGAUCAGUCCACAGCUGUAAUGUUGCUAAAUCUCAGCAGCUGUUUGAUAUAGAAGAGUAAUUGAACACCAACCUAAAAGGGCAAAAGUUGCAGGAUUUCAAGCAUCAUUGGUCUGACUCACAUUAAGCUAAGCUGGAGUUCUUUAUGCUUGCUUAUUACAAGUCCAGUGCUUAAUUUAGGUACAAACUCUGAUGUAUGCAGGUACUUCAGUUCGAUGCCAUUCUAUAUUUCAUCUGGAUUUGAUCCCAUGAGCAUCUGUGCUAUUGAAGUUGAUAGUGAAAUGCCUGUUGAUUUCAGUGGAGUUAAAUUUUGGUAGGAUCUAGUAGUUCAACAGAAAUUCCCAAAUAAGAACAAAGUUCAUGGUGAGGUGUCUUAAUUGCAUCUUCUGUUUUUCUCUUUUCCAGCUGUACAAUGUACAAUGAUAUUCAGUUAAUAUUUAGAAGCAAAGUACUGUGUACAUUUUUAUAAGCCCAUGUUAGAUCUGGGUUACAAAGAUACUUUUUUUUGUUGUUGCACCGUUUAUUUAUACAGUCCUUUCUAACAGUUUUGAUUUGAAUUAUAAACUGAUAAGUAUUAAAGUGAUAGCAAAUAUUUCAUUACAUAUUGUCAUCACCUGAAGUACAUAUACUUAUAUCGAAGUAUUUUUUGUCAUUUUACUACAUGCAGUUGGGAUAUUCACAAGUGCCAAAAGUGGGUUAUGAGUGUGUAAGUAGAGCAAAGUUUUCUCUGCUUUCUCUUUUGUCAGCAAUCAUAACAAAUUAAAAAGUCAUGUUUUAAAAUUUAAUGGCAGCUUAAAUGCCAGCUUAAAAGUUAGACCAGAAGUAAAUUGCAGUGUCUCCUUUCAUGAUAGCACAAAAUGUAGUUCUCCACAAACAUACAUGCUUCAUCCCAUUUGCCUAUGCAGCUUCCAGUGAUGGUCUGCUAAUUCCAGUUCCUUAUAUUCUCUGUUCCAGCAAAUCAUCAUGUAAUUUAUAGCAGAAAAAAAUAAUACAUUGACCCAAUGGUAUAUUGUGCAAUGUCAUUAUCUUUUUUUUUAUAGAGGAAAAAUAAAUUCUUCUGGAAAUACUGUA